CUGCAAGCUUGCCGGGAUCUCUCACUUCGUUCCAAAAACCGAAGAUUAAAUGACUUUUCCCCCCUUUGACGACCAGCCCUCCUUCAUCCGUCCGGGGGUUCAUUCCGCGGAUUUUAUAGCGCCGCGUUUCUUUUUCAACCCGGUCUUUGGGCUGUGCCGCCGGAGCUGGUGAGUCUCGAGAGAACGGAGGAAACCUACCACAGGUGAAAGGAGGUUUUACGACGCUGCGGUAGAGGUGAUUGAAUACUUUGAGAAUUAACUCAACGCAGUCUUCGGGCACCUUUUACUCUGAUAUAUAGGACUGAAAAUGGAGGUGCAAACACUUUGGCAGGACUAAAAAGGGACGUUUACCAACUUGUGUUUCUGGACGAAGAGAAUAAAGAACACAAAAAAAACACUGCGUUUAUUUCCUAACUGGGAUUCCUAAGGAAGAUGUGACCUUUUCUUUUGCGCACCGGCAAUCCGACCAAAACCCCUCAAGGAGCGACCCACCGCUUUUCUAUCAGUUGCUCCGUCUUGACAUGUCUUUUUGUGGGAUUACACGCGGAGAUAUGAGCAUUGUGAGAGGCCGGGCUGGAUUGUGAGAUUACCCAUCUUUGAUUUUCUAUUCGUGUGCUCGAAGAGGAAGCGCAAUCCGUUUGCUCAAUGGCUUCAGUGUCAAUGUUGGCAAGGCGCAAGGAUGCCAGUCGCUUGCCGAGAAUGUCGUCAACUUUCUGGGCUGUGGUGCUUCUGACAGCGCUGCUGGUGCUCUACUGCGGCCAGCUGGCAGCGGGGACAUGUGAGAUUGUGACGCUGGACAGGGACAGCAGCCAACCACGGCGGACCAUCGCCAGGCAGACGGCCCGCUGCGCCUGUAAGAAGGGCCAGAUCGCUGGGACUACAAGAGCCAGACCCGCCUGUGUGGACGCUGGAAUUGUUCGGAAAAAGCAGUGGUGCGAGAUGGUGCCAUGUUUGGAGGACGAAGGCUGUGACCUGUUAGUCAAUAAAUCUGGCUGGACUUGUACACAGCCCGGAGGCCGAGUCAAAACCACCACGGCUCUAUGACGCGACAAGAGUCCCCCCCGACACUCGUGCACUACGGAGAGCAUUGAUGACCCCUUUACAGACAGCCAAAAACCAUCUGCCAGCAGCACCCCACCACCACCACCACGGACAUCACAACAACUCCACCCGACCCCUGGUCCAGCUAAGGCCGGAAGCAUCACGAGCAGCUACAGAGCCUCAUGGAGGCAGCAAGGUCUCAUAACACAACCACAGAAGGUAUAACCAGGGCGGGACUGUUUGAGGAAGCGAGCUCUCCCCUGGAUACUGGACAAACUCCUGGCUGUCAAACCCUUUCCAUUGCCUGUGACAAGCCCCUCCAGGUUUCUGACUGCUCCCACCUGCUAUCUGUCAUUGGGUCAAAAGGUCGCGUCCGCCUCUUCUCCACUCUGUCUGCCCGCUCCGUGAAAUUAGCAGCAUCUGCUCGUACCACGGCGGAUCGAACACUUUUCAAUCCCACGGAUGUUUUUUUUGCCCUCAUUGGAAGUACUUUUGUUUUCCAACCGCUAACUGCUUUUUGAAAAAGGGGAUUUCUCCACAUACUUCUCCCCGCCUUCUAGAGCAGGAGUUCCAGAGCGAAGACUGGAUCAUUACAGACCCGGACCCUGUUGCUUCUCGGACCACCUCACGCAGCCGUCCAAAAAACCAAACUGAGCGCUCUCUGCUGUGAAUAGGCCUUCUGUUGGAGUAAACCUCCCAUAUUUUUAUAGACCAAAGAGCAAAAACAACAAACACGAUCAUUAUGACAAAGCGGAACAUGUGGCAAAGACACGCAGAGACUUUGUGAACUUGAUUUUACUGUUGCCACCGACCAACGACUGCCUCCACAGAGACACGGCGCACAAAUGGGCCCAACGCAAGCGACAACUGGCGUCCGGUGGCACGUGCUGGACUCGAUCAAAAGGAGUACUUUUAAAACUUUCCAGACAUGUUUUUCUCUCAGACUAAGCCCACCACUGUAUUUUGGAACUGGAGAUAUAGGUACUACAUAUGUAUAACUGUGUAUCAAAAAAAAAAAUUCUGAUUUGCAUUUUUCAGUAGCUACAGCGAGUUGGUCAUGGAUCAGGAGCGCGAAUCUUAUUCAAAUAGAUGAUUGAUAUUUACAGAGAGUUUAAAUGCUAUUGAGUCUGAAGAGAUGGAGUAAAGAAAUGUCAUUAAAUGUAUUUUGAAAGGCCCUAAAAAGUUAUAUAUUUAACAGUUUUAUAUGUUGUACCUUUGUAGAGAAGCUUCUUGGACUUAAAAUGUGGUCACAAUGGCAGUUUAGUAGGAUGUGAACAAAUGCUGUUGUUCUCAUUGCUGCUAGCUCGUAGUCCCAGGUUUUCUGUUCACACCUCAGUAGCCGCUUUCUUUUCAUGGUCAUCUACAAGUCACUGUCUAUCAGAACCAUCGAUGAAAAAAAAGGAAAGUGACAGUUUAUUGAGUACCGAUCUGCAGCCAACUGAACAUUGUAAAUCUAUGGUAGUCAGUGGAAGACAUUGAAAUCUGCUAAUUUGCUAUGAUAUUGUAUUGUACACAGUGUGGAAUACUGACUCAUUUCCUCUC